GCCUCUCGUGCCUCGACGGCUCCAUGAGCGCUCCGCGGCGGCUGCUGCUCGCGGCGCUCCUCGCGAUGCUGCCCGGCGCGCGGCCUCAGCCUUCUUCUUCCCCUCCCGAGCCAGUGUCCGCCUCUUCAGUGCCCCCAGGGCCGCUGACGCCCGAUGCAACGGAGCGGCCCUCCACCGUGGAAACUGCAACUCCCCGGGACGUGGCUGGGGUCUCUACGGCGGCCCCUACCCCCGAGGCCACCUCGGCUCCCGGGAGUGCGACCACAGACGUCUUCCCAGCGGUGCCCAUCUGUGUGUGUGACUUAACUCCUGGUGCCUGCGACUUAAACUGCUGCUGCGACAAGGACUGCAAUCUUCUCUAUCCCAUGACAGUUUUCUCCUUCUGUCUUCCUGGCAGUGUAAGAUCUCCGAGUUGGGUAUGUGUAGACAAUUCUCUUAUCUUCAGGAGCAAUUCUCCAUUUCCUUCAAGAGUUUUCAUGAGUUCAAAUGGAAUAAGGCAGUUUUGUGUCCAUGUGAACAACUCUAAAUUAAGCUAUUCCCAGAAGGUCCAAACAGUUAAUGCCACCAACUUCCAGACCCUGGCUGCAGAGUUUGGAGGCGAGUCAUUCACUUCAACAUUGCAAACCCAUCCAUCACCGCCACCUUUCUACAGGGCUGGGGAUCCUAUACUGGCUUACUACCCCAAGUGGUCUGUAGUAAGCCUACUGAAACAGCCUGCAGGAGUGGGAGCCGGGGGACUGUGUGCUGAAAACAAUCCUGCAGGUUUCCUAGAGAGUAGACAUACAACCUGCUCACGUUUCUUCAGGAACCUGGCCAGUAGCUGUACUCUGGAUCCAGCCCUGGAUGCUGCCUCAUACUAUAACUUCACAGUGUUAAAGGUUCCAAGAGCUCUGACUGAUCUUCAGAACAUAAAGUUCCAGAUUCCUGUAACAAUUGCCUCAGAAGCCAGUCCUCCUCUAUUAUCUGGAAACACUUGUUAUAAUAUUGUUUCCAAGGUCAUCUAUGAGAUACAGACCAAUGGGACCUUUGGAAUCCAGAAAGUCUCUGUUAGUUUUGAACAAACCAACCUGACUGUGGAACCAGGUGUUUCCUUACAGCAAGACUUCAUCAUUCACUUUAGGGCACUUCAAAAGAGCACAGCUGCUUCUACUGGUCCUAGAAGUGGGAAUCCUGGCUAUAUUAUUGGGAAACCCCUCUUGGUGCUAAGUGGUGAUUUACGUCACUCUAUGAGCCUCUUGCAAAGCCAGGGUGAUGGAAUUUGCUCUGUUAGGAGACAUGAAAUACAGUUUGGAGUGAAUGCAUUAUCUGGGUGCAAGUUAAGGCUGAAGGAAAAGAACUGUAGCAGCUUGCAAGAGAUGAUUUAUCAGACUCUUCAUGGGAGCCCCCUACCAGAGCAUGUUGCCAUCUUUGGUAAUGCAGACCCAGCCCAGAAAGGAGGGUGGACCAGGAUCCUCACCAGAAACUGCCAUAUUUCACAGAAAAGAUACAUGGCUGUGGACUGUACUUCCUGCUGUUUCAUACCAGUUUCUCUGGAGAUCCAAGUGUUAUGGGCACAUAUAGGCCUUCAGUCCAACCCACAAGCUCAUGUGUCAGGAGCUCGAUUCGUAUACCAAUGCAAGACCAUUCAGGAUCACCAAAAAGAAACAGAAGUAUCUUUGACAACUCUUGUGAACUUUGUGGACAUUACCCAGAAGCCAGAGCCACCAAGGAGUCAACCUAGAACAGACUGGAAAUUGCCUUUUGAUUUAUUCCUUCCUUUCAGAGUGGCGUUCAGCAGAGGGGUCGACUCUCAGAAAGGCCCAGUCUCACCCGUGCUUAUCUUGUGUCUCUUACUACUUGGAGUUCUCAGCUCACAGACCAAGUGAAAAAAGCAAAAUCAAGCUUUCAUUUUUCCCUAUGGGAAGCUCUAAGGCAGCCUAUUUAUAUUGGCUAAGCAGAUUCUUACCUGCUCAUGACUAUGGGAGGGCAUUUAGGAACACAGAACCUAAUUAAAGGAAUUUUUAUAUAUGAUAAGAGGUAUUUUAGAAAAACAAUAAAAAUAUUUUGUCAUCGUA